AUGGCAGCGGCUCAGGCGGGACCUCUCCCCCAAGUCAAGCUGCCCUCUGGCCCGUCGCCAGUCACGGCCGAGCAGCGGUACUGGAAAAGCUUCAAGAACCAGCUGCUCAUCCCGUCGCCCACGAGCUACCCCGUCACGCACAUCUCGCACAAUGCCGACAACUUUGUCGUGACGACGGGCACCCGGGUGCAAAUCUACUCGACGCGCACGCGCAAGCUGCUCAAGACAAUCACCCGCUUCGGCGACAUUGCCCGGAGCGGGGACAUUCGCAGGGACGGCAAGGUGGUUGUGGCGGGCGAGGACAGCGGCCGCAUGCAGGUGUUUGACGUCAACACGCGGGCCAUCCUCAAGACGUGGACGGAGCACAAGCAGCCCGUCUGGACGACCAAGUUCUCGCCCACGGACCUGACGACGCUGCUGAGCGCCAGCGACGACAGGACGGUGCGGCUGUGGGACCUGCCCGGCGACGAGGCGACGGCGACGUUUGCCGGGCACGGCGACUACGUGCGAUGCGCCGGCUUCAUGCCGAGCACCAUGUCCGGCAUGGUGGUGUCGGGCAGCUACGACUCGACCGUGAAGCUGUGGGACCCGAGGACGGGGGGCGGCAGCUCGGCCGUCAUGACGUUCAAGCACGCGGCCCCCGUCGAGGACGUGCUGCCGCUGCCGUCGGGGACGACGGUGCUCGCCGCGGCGGGCAGCUCCGUCACGGUGCUGGACCUGGUGGCCUCGAGGCCGCUGCACAUGAUGACCAACCACCAGAAGACGGUGACGUCGCUGAGCCUGGCGUCCAACGGCCGGCGCCUGGUGACGGGCGGCCUCGAGGGCCACGUCAAGGUGUUUGAGACGACGGGCUGGAACGUGGUCAACAGCGUCAAGCACCAGUCGCCCGUGCUGGCCGUGCAGGUCAUAGCGUCGGGCGACGGGCCCGAGGCCGGCGACCGGCACCUGGCGGUGGGCAUGCAGUCGGGCGUGCUGAGCAUCAGGACGCGCCUGACGGGCCCGGAGGCGCAGCGCGAGCGCGAGCGGGAGAAGGAGAUGGCGGCCCUCGUCGGCGGCACGAUAGCGUCGCACGACGCGCGGACGUCGAAGCGCAAGCGGAGGAUCGAGGCCGCCAGCCGCCUCGACGCGGCCGGCGAGGGCGCCGACGCGGCGAUUGCCGACGAGCCGCGCGCCGGGCGGAAGAGGGAGCGCCCGUGGCAGAAGGACCUCCGCCACGCCCGGUACGGCCGCGCCCUCGACCAGGUGCUGGACCGCGCGUCGCCCGAGCACUCGUCGGCCAACGUGCUCACCCUGCUGCUGGCCCUGCGGCACCGCAGCGCGAUGCGCGACGCGCUGGAGCACCGGGACGGGGCGGGCGUCGCGCCCGUCCUGCAGUGGGUGUGCGGCCACAUCCGCGACCCGCGCUACGUGAGCGUCUGCGUCGAGGCGGGCCUGCACCUGCUGGACCUGUAUGCGGAGUACGUGGGCGAGUCGGCCGAGCUGCUCGAGGGGUUCAUGACGCUGUGGAGGCGGGUGAGGGCGGAGGUCAAGGUGGCGCACUGGGCGUGCGCGACGGGCGGCAUGCUGGAGAGCAUGAUGAUGGGCGUCGUGUAG